GCAGAGACCAGAGAGUAUAAUUUGUAGUCAGAGGAGUAAUAAAACAGUUUCCAUAAGUAUUAGUAUUAUAUUUGAAUAUAAAAAAUGGUGAAAAUAAAGAGAUGUGUUCGUGUUCGUGUUCGUGGAGCGGAGGACAACGUAGUUGGUUUCCGCGUGCUGUACGAGACACAGAGAUAACUUCUAGAUAGAGAGAGAGAGAGAGAGAGAGAGAGAGAGAAACAGAGAUCGAGACAAAAACCCUUUAAAGGAUUUGAACGGAGAAGACGAGGCAUAUAAACAACACAACAACUCUGUAAAACCUUGAGAGAGAGAGAGAGAGAGAGAGAGAGAGAGAGAGAGGUAGAGAUAAAUGUCGUUCCGCAGCAUAGUUCGUGAUGUGAGAGACAGUAUUGGAAGUCUAUCGAGGCGUAGUUUCGACUUUAAGUUAAGCAGCUUGAACAAAGAAGGUGGGAAAUCUCGUGGUUCAGUUCAAGAUUCUCACGAGGAACAACUUGUGGUAACGGUUCAAGAAACCCCUUGGGCGAAUCUGCCUCCAGAGCUAUUGCGGGACGUGAUCAAAAGGCUUGAAGAGAGCGAAAGCGUGUGGCCUGCUCGAAGACAUGUUGUUGCUUGUGCUUCUGUGUGCAGGUCUUGGAGAGAUAUGUGUAAAGACAUCGUUCAAAGCCCUGAGCUCUCAGGCAAAAUCACAUUCCCUGUUUCCCUAAAACAGCCGGGACCUAGAAAUGCGACAAUGCAAUGCUUUAUCAAACGGGAUAAAUCUAACCUGACAUACCAUUUAUACCUUUGUCUCAGUCCUGCUCUCUUAGUUGAGAAUGGAAAGUUCCUUCUAUCAGCAAAACGCAUAAGAAGAACUACUUACACCGAGUACGUGAUCUCUAUGCACGCAGACACCAUUUCGAGAUCAAGCAAUACCUACAUUGGCAAAAUCAGGUCUAAUUUUCUCGGGACGAAGUUCAUAAUUUACGAUACACAACCUGCAUACAAUAGUAACAACACCUCUCGAGUGGUCCAACCGGUAGGCCUUAGCCGCAGAUUUUACUCAAAGAGAGUCUCUCCCAAAGUCCCGACCGGUAGCUACAAGAUCGCGCAGGUAUCUUACGAGCUAAAUGUUCUUGGAACGCGCGGUCCAAGGAGAAUGCAUUGUGCGAUGCACUCAAUUCCCGCUUCUUCCCUCGCUGAAGGAGGAACCGUGCCUGGACAACCCGAGAUCAUUGUCCCUCGCUCUAUUCUUGACGAAUCAUUCCGCAGCUUUACCUCAUCAUCUUCUAGUAAAAUCACUUGCGAUUACUCUAAUGAUUUUAGCAGCGCGCGGUUUUCAGAGAUUCUUGGUCCGUUAGGUGAGGACGAAGAAGCGGGAUUAGAAGAAGGGAAAGAGCGGGUUAUGCCACCGCUUGUGCUUAAGAACAAGCCGCCGAGGUGGCACGAACAGCUUCAAUGCUGGUGUUUGAACUUCAGGGGACGUGUAACUGUCGCAUCAGUUAAAAACUUUCAGCUGAUUGCAGCAAACCAACCUCAGACUCAGACUCAACCUCAACCUCAAGCUCAACCUCAAGCUCAGACUCAGACGCAACAGUCUAGCCAGACGGAUGGUCCUGACAAGAUCAUAUUGCAGUUUGGGAAAGUGGGGAAAGACAUGUUUACGAUGGAUUUCCGGUAUCCGCUGUCUGCGUUUCAAGCUUUUGCUAUCUGUUUAAGCAGUUUCGAUACGAAACUCGCCUGUGAAUGAAUGAUACAAAAAACUCAGCUUUGUUGUAUGUAAUGUUUGUUCACAACUGCGCGCUUUCAGAGAUUCUUUGUCUUGUGGGUGUUUUAUUUUUUUCACCUAGAAUCUCAGAAAUUAGAUUUGUUACAAAGCUUUCAUUUUAUUCUGAUCCUCCUGCUUAUUAUGUUGUU